CGGGCGAGACAGCCAUGGCCGAAAGCCUUUCCUGGGAGCUCGGUGUCUGCACGGGUUAAGGCGUGCGGGACGAGGUGGAAAAGUUGCUGUUGAAUUUCACUUUAAGGGACCGGACAGAAAGCGGCGAAAUGGAUGACUUCCGCUCCAUCUGCCUGCUGUCUCUGGCUAUGCUGGUCGCCUGCUAUGUGGCAGGAAUUAUCCCCUUGGCAGUUAAUUUUUCCGAGGAGAGAUUGAAGCUGGUGACUGUUCUGGGUGCUGGGCUGCUGUGUGGAACUGCCUUGGCUGUCAUUGUGCCAGAAGGUGUACAUGCACUUUACGAAGACAUUUUGGAGGGGAAGCAUCACCCAGCGAGCGAGAUGCAGCAUGUGAUGGAGUCCGAGAAGGCAGCGGAAAUCCCGGUGGUACACGAGUAUGGCCAUGACCAUUCCAGGUUGCAUGCCUACAUUGGCGUAUCCCUUGUCCUCGGCUUUGUUUUCAUGCUGCUGGUGGAUCAGAUCGGCAGCUCUCAUGUACACUCUACAGAUGAUCCAGAAGCUGCAAGAUCAGGCAACUCCAAAAUCACCACGACGCUGGGACUAGUAGUCCAUGCUGCAGCUGAUGGUGUUGCAUUGGGUGCAGCAGCUUCUACUUCUCAGACUAGUGUCCAGUUGAUAGUGUUUGUUGCGAUUAUGCUGCACAAGGCACCAGCUGCCUUUGGCCUGGUUUCCUUCCUGAUGCAUGCUGGGCUGGAACGGAAUCGCAUCAGAAAACACUUGCUGGUCUUUGCAUUGGCAGCACCGGUUAUGUCCAUGGUGACAUACUUAGGGCUAAGCAAGGUAGCAAAGAAGCCCUUUCAGAAGUCAAUGCCACCGGAGUUGCUAUGCUGUUUUCUGCUGGGACUUUUCUGUACGUUGCCACAGUUCAUGUCCUCCCGGAAGUGGGAGGAAUUGCUCAUAGCCACAAACCUGAAUCAACCGGAGGAAAAGGACUCAGUCGCCUGGAGGUGGCAGCCCUAGUAUUAGGAUGCCUUAUUCCUCUAGUUUUGUCCAUUGGACACCAUCACUAAGCGCUCGAAUUUCCUGGAUCUGACGUGAGCAGCAAA